AUGGCGACGACAACACCCUCCCCCGGCCAGAGUUCACCAGAUCCAUUGGGGAUCACGGCAACAAAGUCGGACAGCUCUGACGACAGCGUCACGACUCCUUGCCUUGGGGAGGCGGGGCGUCAUUUAUAUGGCAGUCUGUUCAGACGGGACUCGUCUUCGACCACCACCCUGCCCUUCCCGGACUUCAAGAUGGAGAACGAUUCGGCUGAGCAGCCUGCCAGGCCCUUAUCGCCACCUCCGUCGCCACUCUCACCACUGGCCUCGCGCAGGAAGAAAAUCCCGGAUCCCCUCACCAGACGACUGAAGAACAAAUCCGGCCUCAAGUCACAUGUCAAUGAGUCGGCCCUAAGACAAUACACGGAGUACGAUAACCUCGGAACACCUCGGUCGCCUUUCUUCUCCCCCGGUAUCUGGACGGGGAACACAUUCGGUGAGCCGGACGCCAGGACCAACCUGGAGCAAUACGAAGAUGCCUUCACUCCCAAGCUCCCGAUUCUCGACGUAUUCGCGAUGAAGACUGUCAACUCCGUCUUGAAAGACCAGGCUGCAGUGGCUCGGAUGAGGCAAUUCGCACAAUCGCGAGGCCGCUACAAGGACAUCGACUUCCUGACGAAGGUGGAGGAAUAUAGCAACACGAUGAGCAUGGUCUCCUCGAUCAUGGCUAACAUCUCCAUGAAGUUCACCGGCGUUGCAGCCUCCCAACCCAUCAGGCUCCCCAUGGCCGUUUCCAAGAGCCUCAACACCGACAUCAAAAAUGUCUCCACCUCACUCCUACCAGGGCUAGAAAGCCUGUUUGAUGACGCGAAGUCUCAUAUUGAGAGGAGCCUCGCACAAGAUAUCUAUCCGGAUUUUCUCAAGAAUCAGCUGUCUCUCGGCUUGCAAACCAUCGGACCUGGUUACUCGCCCAGCCAGAUUUGUUCCGGAUUCGGUGACUCUUUUUGCAUUACCGACUCGUAUCAAGCCGAUUCCCCAAUCGUCUUCGUUUCAGAUGGCCUGGCGGGUCUCACUGGAUACAAACAUGACGAGCUGGUUGACAGGAACUGCCGCUUUCUCCAGGGCCCAGGGACGAGAGCAAGCGGCGUCGACCGCAUCCGGGACGCUGUCUCGAAGAACCACGAGUGGUCCGAGCUGCUCCUGAACUAUCGCAAGGACGGCAGGGUCUUCUGGAAUCUUCUAUUCACAGCGCACCUGAUGGGAGUCGACGGCCAAGUUCGUUACCACCUCGGUGGCCAGGUGGACGUAACAGAAGUCCUGGAGUCGCAGGAGGGCGUCGCCAGCUUACUCGGCUACGUGCCUCCACUGAGGGACCGCAAGCUUCCGAACCUUGAUGAACACGAGACCCGCGGGUCAUGGCGAAAUGCGUUCAGCAGCAAGGAAAGACGGCCGGCCAGGGAGAGAGAUGCCAAGUACCCGCCGCAGACCUCCCGCAACAAGUUCUUCAAGAGCUUUCGGCGCCAUUCUCGGGGUGACACGCCCGUCUCCCCAAUCGACAACGAGAGCAACCAUGACCUUUCGACGUCAGAGCCGACCACGCCCCUGGACCAUCGAGGGUCGAUGACCAUGCCAAGCCCGCCGCUGCCGACCCAUCACGCGGUCCUCUCGCCAUACUCCCGAUUCAUCGUGCUCGAAAACAUCCCGCCGGGCUCGACGGGGAGCACCCACGAGAAGAAAAGCCUGCGCGCCCAGCUCCCGGUCGCAUUCUGCUCCACGGCGAUCAUGGACAGCCUCAACAACAGCGGCGGCGCCAGCCAGAAGUGCCUCGCAGACGUCAUCGGGAACAACGUCUUCAAGGUCCUCUCCGAGGCCGGGAACUCGCCGUCGGUCAACAAGUCCUUCAAGGCCACCGUGCGGGCGAGCAUCGCCGAGGGGCGCACGGCCAAGCUCGACCUGACGCUCAACGGGAACAACAACAGCCUGAGGAGGCCGCGCGGCCUCUCGCUGUCCCGCAAGUCCAGCGGCGUCGGGCUCGCGGCCCUCGGGCUCGGCGGGGAGCCGACGCCGAGCUCGAGCACUGCCAGCCACGGCCGGUCUCUGCGCAAGAGCAUGAGCCUGGAGAGGCUGGUGCCUACCAACCAUGGCAGCGGGGGCGCGGAGGAUUUCGUCAGCUACUGGACCCCGUUGAAGGAUGGGAAUAGGGCUACUCGGUUCGUGGUUGUUGUGCUUAUCCCCGAGGUGUCUUGA